UCCCAGUCAGUCUGCCAGAGGCGUGCCACCCUGCUACAUCCUGUGUUCAACUACGAAAAAUAACCCUCAUGGCAGGGUCUGGAGGGAAGAUUGUGGUGCUGAUGCUCAAUGACGAGUACGGGACCAGUAAGGGCGGUAUCUCCACCAUCCACCGCGGGAUGGCGUGCCUACUGAUUUCUAAGGGAGCAAAGGUCUACAGCACCGUCCUGGAAGCCACAAAAGGGGACAUGGACGAUGCGGAGGCUGAUGGGGUAGAGCUGAUCUUCCCAACAACCUCCAAGGGUGACCCGAGACAGCCAGAGCUCAGGUGGCUGACCUUUGAUCACAGGAGUCGUUAUCCUGACCUCCCCUCAGAUGUAGACUUCAUCCUCGGCCAUGUCCACAUCACAAGCCGCGCGGCAAGGCACAUCAAGGAGCAGCGCUUUCCUAACGCCAAAGUCGUCCAAGUCACUCACGUGAUCCCAGAAGAUGUCGCACGCUUCAAGAGUGAAGAGAAAGAGUUAAGCAUUGAAGAGGAAAAGGCCGCUAUCCUUGAUGACCUUGACCAUGCUGAUGUGAUAGUCGCCGUGGGCCCACGCAUGUAUGACUACUACAAAAAUGAGACAGGAGAGGAGGAACGUCUUCAAGAGUUUCUACCUGAGCCGUCUGAGAUCUUCAAGAACACACAAGUUAAAUACCGCAAAACAAACAUGAAAGUGGUGCUGUCCAUCGGCAGGGUCAAGGGCGUGGAGAGGCUGAAAGGCUACGAUCUGUCCUCGAAGUCCAUGGGCAAGGUGUUCAAGAUUCGGCCUAACACCAAAUGGCGAGUCCGCGGCAUCACGCGUGAUGAUUUCUCAGAGAGCAAGGAGAUCAUUCAAGCCAACGCCGGAAAGUUCAACUUCGUACCCUUCACCCCCCUCAAGUACGCCACCCAGGAAGAGCUGAGCAAAGACAUGCAGCAAGCGCACGUCGUUCUGAUGCCGUCUCGUGCAGAGCCAUUCGGACUGGUUGGUCUGGAGGCUAUCGCUGCAGGGGUACCCGUCCUGGUUUCCGACAAGUCUGGCCUUGCCUGGUUCUUAGACCAAGACCCCGACUUCGACCGUCCAAUCGUAGAGAUCGGAGACGAUGAUGAUGAAGAAGAAGCCGUCCAGACGCUGGCCAAGCGGAUCAUCAAGGUCCUGAACAGAGGGGAGAAAGAGUUUGAAGCUGCAAGAAGGUUGAAGGAGAGACUUCUGGGCUCAAAGUACUGGGAGGAGUCUCACAGCAAGUUUCUGGAGAUAUUUGGCCUUUAAAACAUCAGAUUUUUGGAUAGGGCGUCAGUUAUGGAGGUAGAUGAAAUUCGCCCACCACUCCUUACCAUAGGUCCUCAUAUGCCCACAAUCACUUUAGGCAGCAAGUUUCAAUCCAAUUCUAUCAGCCACCGCCCUCUGACUCUUUCCAAUGGAUGCUCGCUCUUUUCAAGUCCUCUAGGAAGGUCAUGUUUCAGCCUCUCUUCCUGUGGUGGCACCCAUGUCAUAGCAGCCUCUGACCAUUAAUUUGUAUUAUUAUAUUAUCAUCCAUUAUUUGUAAAUAUGAUUACCCAUGGCUGACAUCCAUGUUAGAGAUCAGGUUUGUUUAUUUGUUUGCAUUGCUGUGAUAAGUGAUUGUUUAUGGUUUACCCAAGCUUCACUUCAGUUUGGUUUCAAUUCAAGACUCAACUCAUUAAGAUUCGGACCCAGAAAAAACAUGUAAUCUUCAUUAAUGGACAAUGGUGUAAGUUUAUACAUGUUUUGAUUUUUACAGAAAUGUAGCUAUAGAGAGCAAGGUGUGCCAAUAUAUUAUGAUAUGGAUGAAUAAAGUCGCUGUUUGCACUA